UAUUUUUGUGGAUUUCCAUUUUAUACAAUUUUCGCCAAUUUUUCUUUAGUAUCAAUUCGGUUUUCGGCGCGUUAUAAGACACAGCGCUGUGUUCCUUUCAGCUUUAUUUAUUUAUUUGUUUUUGUUCGUUAAUUUGGCGCGGCAAUGGCAAAAUCGUCGUCUUCUUCGUCUUCCGCAUCGCGACGCUCGAGUAUCCUCCAUAUUAUUGGCAACAUUAUCGGUUAUAUGCAAAUUAUCACCUUCACCAUUCUGCUAAUCUGUUCGGGUCACUUUGCUUUCAACGUUGACACCUGCCCCUUCGACAGUUCCGCCUAUGUUUGCCUGGGAGUGUUUUGUGUGAUGUUGGCCAUGUUUCUGUUGUCGUUUAUAUUGGCCGUGGCCAUAACAAUGCGUCAAGCAGCAUUUAUGUUACCAUGGCUGAUAAUGUCAAUUGUUGUGAUAAUAGGUGACAUUACCUAUCUUGCGGUAUUCCCAAAUAUCAUAUUGGGUAUAUUUAGUUCCUUGGUGAUAUGUCCCCUUCUCCUUUCCUGGUAUCCUCUCUAUAAAUUAUAUGGAAAAUAUAACAAAGAGAAAACGAGAGAGGAACAACGUCUCUCAGAUGCCUUGGACGAAACGCACACUCUGAAUAGGGCAGCACAACUAACGACGCCACCAUCCACCCUAUAUCCCAAUGACGUUGUUCAAUAUUAUCGAUCGUUGGAUCGUCGGCCGGAUAGUGCUGCCUACGACGCAAGUUUACCGGUCGAUCCCAACUUUGCAUAUAUAUCCGGUACUCCGGCACCGGGUUGGCGAAUUGGUUUAUAUCCGAAAAUGUCAAAUAAAGAAUAUGUUUAG